AUGUCGACAUAUCCUGUAUUGAACAACCAACCAAUUGAUCAGUGGACGGUUACGGAGUUUAAGGAUGAGCUUGAGCGAAGGUAUCUGCCUGUCAGUGGUUUGAAGGAUGAUCUUUUGAAGAGGAACUUUGAGGACAUGCAAGAUGAGAUACUUGAUAGUGAGGGAAAAGCAACUGUUGUAACUUCCCCUCCUGAGGAACCGGAUGGAGGUCAUGGCGAUACUAUCGAGAAAACCUCAGAAGAUGACACCAAUAUGAAAAUGGUUGUUGAUGAUGAACCUUCUAAUCUUAAUGGUGGUGACAUCAAGUUGGGCCUCGAUGAGCACAGCAAGAUUCUAAAACUGGAAGAUGAACUCGCACCUCCUGAUGAUAUGUUGCAUACUGAUAAUGAGGAUUCUGAUGCUGUUGCAGUUGCUGAGCCAGAAGAUGACACAAGCAAAAAAAUGAUCAUUGAUGAUGUCCCGUUUGGUCCUACACAUACUAAUGUUGAGUUAGGUGCCAAGGUAGACUACAAAAUUGAACAGGAAGAAGUAUCAAUAUUGUCUAAUGCUACUGCAUUGCAUGCUUAUCCUAAGGAACAUAUUGUGGAUGUGGCAAAAGGGCCAGAAGACGACACAAGCAAAAAAAUGAUCAUUGAUGAUGUACCAUCUGGUCUUACACAUACUAAUGUGGAGUUAGGUGCCCAAGUAGACUGCAAAAUUGAACAGGACGAAGUAUCAACACUAUUUGAUGCUACUGCAUUGCAUGCCUAUCCUAAGGAAUGUAUUGUGGCUGCGGCAAAAGGCCUUGUGGUUGGUACUGCAGAAGCUAGUCGGAGAAGUUUGGAUGUUAUUGCAGAAGUUGAGUCUUAUCUAGUCAAUACAGCCGCAACUGAUGAAACCAACGGUAAUGGUCCGGAUUCAACUUCAAGUGGUAAUACUAUAGUGAAGGAAGCAAAUUCACACUCUGAAUGUCAUGGCGAUACUAUUGAGAAAACCUCAGAAGAUGACACCAAUAAGAAAAUGGCUGUUGAUGAUGAACCUUCUAAUCUUACUGGUGGUGACAUCAAGUCGGGCCUCGAUGAGCAUAGCAAGAUUGUAAAACUGGAAGAUGAACCCGCACCUCCUGAUGAUAUGUUGCAUACUGAUAAUGAGGAUUCUGAUGUUGUUGCAGUUGCUGAGCCAGAAGAUGACACAAGCAAAAAAAUGAUCAUUGAUGAUGUCCCGUCUGGUCCUACACAUACUAACGUUGAAUUAGGUGCCAAGGUAGACUGCAAAAUUGAACAGGAAGAAGUAUCAACACUGUUUGAUGCUACUGCAUUGCAUGCUUAUCCUAAGGAACGUAUUGUGGCUGCGGCAAAAGGCCUUGUGGUUGAUUCAACUUCAAGUGGUAAUACUACAGUGAAGGAAGCAAAUUCACACUCUGAAGGUCAUGGCGAUACUAUUGAGAAAACCCUAGAAGAUGACACCAAUAAGAAAAUGGUUGUUGAUGAUGAAUCUUCUAAUCUUAUUGGUGGUGACAUCAACUUAGGCCUCGAUGAGCACAACAAGAUUCUAAAACUGGAAGAUGAACCCGCACCUCCUGAUGAUAUGUUGCAUAGUGAUAAUGAGGAUUCUGAUGUUGUUGCAGUUGCUGAGCCAGAAGACGACACAAGCAAAAAAAUAAUCAUUGAUGAUGUCAUGUCUGGUCCUACACAUACUAAUGUUGAGUUAGGUGCCCAGGUAGACUACAAAAUUGAACAGGAAGAAGUAUCAACACUGUUUUAUGCUACUACAUUGCAUUCUUAUCCUAAGGAACGUAUUGUGGCUGCGGCAAAAGGCCUUGUGGUUGGUACUACAGAAGCUAGACAGAGAAGUUUGGAUAUUGUUGUAGAAGUUGAGUCUUCUCUAGUCAAUACAGCCGCAACUGAUGAAACCAAUGGUAAUGGUCCGGAUUCAACUUCAAGUGGUAAUACUAUAGUGAAUGAAGCAAAUUCACACUCUGAAGGUCAUGACGAUACUAUUGAGAAAACCCCGGAAGAUGACACCAAUAAGAAAAUGGCUGUUGAUGAUGAACCUUCUAAUCUUACUGGUGGUGACAUCAAGUUGGGCCUCGAUGAGCACAGCAAGAUUCUAAAACUGAAAGAUGAACCCACAUGUCCUGAUGAUAUGUUGCAUAGUGAUAAUGAGGAUUCUGAUGCAGUUGCAGUUGCUGAGCUAGAAGAUGACACAAGCAAAAAAAAUGAUCAUUGA